UAUCUAGUUCCAGACCGCCCUCCUGAAGAAAUAUUAGCAAAAAGCCUUGGAAAGGAUGCGGUGCAGCUUGAGUGGAAUCCAGUUCUCCCGAAAUAUGCGAAUGGAGAGGUUCUUGGGUAUAAAAUAAUUUACGGUGUCGUUAACAACAUAUUGCGAACUAACAGCAUCGUACCUGCACCAGGACAUCGUCUAAAGAUCGGUGGACUGAAACCCAACACGAACUACAGCUUCCAGAUUCUUGCAUUUACCUCAAAAGGCAACGGUGCGACCAGUACAAGCUUCUUCGCAAAAACGUCUCCAGGUACACUGGAAAUCAUUGUUACAAACAAGUAAAUAGAAGAAGAGGGAAAGAAAGAAUUAAAAAAAUAAACUAGAAAUAAUAAAAUAAAGAAAUAAAUGAAAAAAAAUAAUAAUGAAUGAAUAAAUAAAAAUCGCCAAUGAUUGACUGGUAGCACAUGUCUGUCGUAAUGUCGACGGGCAUGUUAUGUCAGUUCCUAAUUAUCACAGCCAAAUUGAAAUCUAAGUCGUUGUGUUUUCUUUUUUUCGUAACAAUUGAAAACCGAGCAAACCAUGAGACCUAAUUUACAUCCACUGAAAGUUCUGUAAAAAAUUAGCUAGAUUUCUCCAUUACAGGUUUGCUAAUAAUACCAUGAAGCAAGGGCAUGAGUGUCCCAUGACAUGAAGGAUCUCAGAGUUUUAACACUGAGAAAACACUCAAAAGUGUUCAACUCCUUGUCAUGUCGAAACACGAGUAGUUUCCGCAGCUAUUUUGUUUACUCUUCAAAGGUAUUUUUGAGACUUUGAGUGUUUUCACACUGAUGAUUUUUGAAAACUGAAGGACAACUCCUCUAAAGAGCUUUUCAAAAAGUGUUUUGAUAAUACAAUGAUUCAUCUAAUAUCAACUUAAUCAGACUUGUAACAAUCCAACGGCCGGGGAAUAUUACCUUUAGUUAUUUUUUAUCUGAUGCUUUUCUUUUCAGAACCGAAGCAAAACCGAAGAAACGAUCUAGGUAGAUGCUUCAUUUAUAUUUUGAUCUUUGGUCAAAGUAAUCCUUGCAAGCACGUUAAUGUUUGUUUUUAUUUGUCUUUAUAUUUGAUAGGAAAAGGAGCCAUAGUUGCAGCUAGUGUUGUACCUGGUAUCGUUGUCUUUAGCACCAUUUUCCUCGCAAUAUACUUUGCAAGAAAGAGGCGAUUGAUAGCCCUGAACAAUGGAAAUAGUAAGUUGAUCUUACAAAAAGUAAAAUAAAAUACUUUUAGUCAGUUAUAGCUUAAGACAUACAGUGGAAAAUUCCACAUCAUAUUUAACAUAAAAACAGGAUGUUAUAAGCAAGAGAGUCUCUUGCUGGUAGCCACAUGGUACUACAAUUUUUAGUAGCUUAGCUCUGGCAUGUCCCUUACUGAGGUCAAUGGUAGAGCCUCUAGCCUUCAGUAACCAGACAGUCACUGAAUGGGUCAGAUUUCUGUUACACGAAAUUAUCUUUUUCGAGUCGCCUGUGUCACUGUUACCUUCAACAGUUAACAGGAAUUUAGCUGGAGGUGUCGUACCAUACGCUACAUCACCACUGGACUGGAUUGAUAGAAUCAUUGCUAAUAGACACGGAUACGAAGCACUCGAUGACGAAAAUGUUCUCAUCAUCACACCACGACACCAUCGCUACAUCAACAUUGCUCCUGAUGGUUCCCUAAACAUUCCACCGUACCUGAGGAACAUUGUUAUUGAGUUUGAACAAACCUAUGAAAACACACGCUACAAUAGGCUGAAAAGGUUUGUAUAUUAA